GAACAAUACGUCUGUGCGUGAGUCGAGUUUCGAAUUUCCUGUCACUAUAGAAUUUCCAAUGGGUGGAAAGAAUUCAAACAUCUGCCAUGGAUUUAUGUGAUAUAAGGUGAAGAAUAAGACGCUAAAGAUCAGAUAUCUGUCUAUCAGGUUUUAAUUAACGAGCUGAAAGACAUUUUGCGUCGCUGGUAGGAAAGUCGGAUCUGUGUUGAUUUUCGUGUGUUACGCGUUGAAAUUAUCAACCUCGCCAUCUGGUGUUUUUUCUUGAUCUUUGACUUCGAAAAGUUUUGAUGAUAUUAAUUGACUUGUUUUAACAAGAAUUAGUGCUAACAGUAUUGCAAUGUGCUCUGUAAUGGAUUUGGCGGGCCUAAACCCAUUUCUUAGAAAUUCAGCCUAAUGCAAGCCAGCAAUUGCGAUGGAUAUUCCAAGCUCAAGUUUAAAGUUUAAUUGAAAGAAAAUGUUCCCUCCACGAAGAAGAUGCAGAAAACUGCUGGUCUGGAUUGCUCUCGCUGUCGUUGCACAAAUAAUGUUUACCUUAUUCCUGCACGGAGAGUUUAAUUUCGCGCCAAUCGAGCGCACGAGGACGACAAAGAGAAUUACAAGGAAACAGUCACGUCUACGACUUCAGAGUCAAGGUGGCGAUCGUUUGGAAGAAGAUCAUAAGUUUAUCGCUCGUUCAAAGCUAGAACAUGCUCGUGGUAAGGACGAGGGUACAGAAUAUGUCGAAAGUUUGGUAGUUAAUGAAAUUAAAUCAACAGAUUUUCCGCGAAUGUCUGGAAGGAAUCUAAAGAACCCUUUGCGUGUCAACAGACGAAAUCAAGCCAUUAACCUUUCAACAGCGAUAAGCGGCCUUCAAGUAGUCAAAGAAAGAGAAAUAUUUGUUGAUCAGUCUGCCAGAAAGAAGACUUAUUUUGAUCACGACUUGAGAGCAGAAGAUCCGAGACGAUUGCAUAACCUCACAGAGCUGGAAGAUGUAUUUAUCUCAAUCAAGACAACUGGUGAUUACCACGAAGCGCGCGUCACACUCUUGAUUGACACAUGGUUUCAGAAUGCUAAAAAACAGGUGAGAUUAGAUUGAAAGAGGGUACUAAAUGCAUUACUAACUCUUCCUUCCACGCGAGCCAAAUGAUGUCACUGUUAACAAUUUAAUUUUAUUUUCUACAUCUGUUAACCCGCCCUGAUUGGUACCUGCGAUAAAAUUUUUUGGCGUUUUCCAUUGGAAAAUGUUUUCCACAGUCAAAUCAUCAAAUACCCAAUUAUUCCUUUGAAGAGAUACGUUUUUUGUUUUAAUAGGUGUGACCUCUGACAAAAACUGCCCUUAUUCAGAAUUCAUAAACAUAUCUUCUAUUCAGCACACGAAAUACAAUCUUUAGUAACUCAAAACCGAUUUCAUCUCGGUUAUCAUGCAAAAAUGAAGGUCACCGUGCCAAUUUUAAUUGGAUUUUUUUAGAUAAGUCACACGUCUAUGAUGAGUAAAAAAAAACAAUUUUAAACAGCUUUCAUCAUUCAUUAGAAUCGAUUAUUUUAUAUUUCCUAAAUGAGGCGUUAAACCAUGUUUUUAAAGGGACUCAUCCAUGCCAGCUUCAAACGUCUUGCGUUCUCAGACAGGCUGUCGGAGUAAUCUUAGAAGCUAGAAGUAUUUUGUAGAGAGUAGUGGGCUACUUAUGCAGAAUUUCACUUAGAUGCCAAUUAAAGAAUAUUUUCUCAGGUGUCACCUUUUCUCAAACUCAUUAAAUGCAUUUGACUGGCAUUCUAUUUGGGGUGAUAAUUAUAAGAUUGUUUAAUUAUUGAUAAAGAUCAAUCAGACAAGCCAUCCUCUGCAAUUAAGUAAAUGGAAAAUGAAAAUGUUUUGGAAAAGAAUAUCUGUUUUCAAUUAGAAUAGCUCUUGACAUAUCUCAAAGAAAACCAAACAUGCCAAGUAAAUGGGGAAGGAAAUUUCAAAAUAAAUACAGUUUUUUUUUCACAUGCUUCAUGGAUCAUUCCUGAAGUUAAAGAUUUUGAAUUAAAAAGAAUUAAUUCAAGAUUUACUCCAAUUAUAAUGGAUAUUUGCAAUGUGCCUAAAUCUUCUUGUUGGUAAAUUUUUAUAUCAUAUAAUCUAAUCUGAAAGGAAUAAUGCCUAGUAAAAAUAGUGGAUUUCUAAUAAGGAUGUAAACAAUGAUUUUCUGAAAAUUUGCGAGGACUUAAAUGAUAUUCUCUCUCAGUUUACACAUAUAAACAUACUUCUUCAUCUUUUGUAAGAGGGAAUUUUCAUACUAAAUUAUCACAUGUGCUGCAUGUUGUAAAUUUUAGUUUGUUGCUCAUUUUUGAUAACAAAAAGUUUAAUUGCAUCUGUUGAAAUUGAUAGUUAGUGUUGUGGUUGCUUGGAAACCACACAGGUUUAAAAAGAAUUUUCCAAAUUAAUGCAACCAACCAAAGAAUAUACAUGUUCUACAGAAGAAUACUAUAGAUAGAAUAUCGACAACUGAACAAGUGUGUAUAGUCUUAACCCCAAUGAGCAGAUUUCUACAACUGUUACAGAGGGAUUGACUAAAACAUCAAAGGCUUGGUGAUUUAACCCAAAUGAUCAAGAUUAAAUCUGCUUUUUAUGGUAAAAUUGCAAAUAGGUCUUAUAAAACAUUAAGAUAAAUUUAGUUUAGAAAAGAAUAUUUGACACAGACAGGUAAAUCACAUUUUUGGAAGUUCAUGCUGAUCUAUUUCAAGGAGAUUUUAAGCAUGGCCUUAGUUUGCUAUCUUUCGUUUUGUAUCAGUUCAGACUAUUAUGAUGUAUUUCAAUUUGAAAAUGAGUCAAAGUUUUAGGAACCUAGUCUAAGACUGGGUGAAGGUCUUUAGAAUUUGCCAUUGGCUAGGCCUUUCCUUUAUGUUAGUGUGAAAGGGUAUAUUUUUUAGAAUCACUCUUUUGUCUUGAAAGUGGGUUUGGAUUUUAACUGUAAGGGUGUGAAACUGUGUGAGGUGUUCUAACAGUCAAUAGGUUUUUCAAUCUAAGUUGUUAGGGGUGCAUAAAUCACAAUUGCUAAUAUGAAUUUUUUUCCACUUUAGACCUUCAUCAUACAUUAUGUAAACAGUUUUUUUAAUUUUGUUGUCUUUGCUAUUUUACAGGUUCAUUUUUUUACUGAUCGUGAGGACAACGAAUUAAAUGAACGUCUAGGUAAGAGGAAGGGAUGAACUCAAAGUAACUGAAAUGCUUUUGUUUUGAGGAUUGUAAACUUUUUCAAAAAUUUUUACUUGUUAGAGAAGACUUCUGACAGUAGCAGAGCACUCAGUUCAUGGAAAAAAAACUCAAAGUAACAGAAUUGCUUUCGUUUUAAGGACUGUAAACUUUUUCAAAACAUUUUUCUUUUUAGAGGAGACUUCUGGCAGUAGUAGAGUGCUCAGUUAAGGAAAAAAAAGGAACAUAAUGAAGGAUUAUUCGUUUUAUUUCAGAUAUGGAAUAAUUUUAUGAAAUUAUGUUGAGGAAAAUAUUAUAAAUUGAUGCUAUUUUUCAUUGCAAACACUGUCAGUCGUGAUCUUACAGUGAGAUGUGAAAAUUGUAUUUACAACCGGCUUUGUUUGUGGUAAAGUUUUUACCAAGUAAUAUAUAUUCACGUCUUUGAUCAUUACAGGAGGCCACCUUAUCAAGACUGCUUGUGAAACAGGGCACCAGAGGUAAUCUCAUAGUCAUCGUUGUAACAGUUUGUUACCUCAGUCACGUCUAACUGAAAAAUAUUUUUUUCAUUCUCGCCUAUUUCUGUGUUUUCAGUGAUGUACUGUAGCCUCAUUUACGCCUUACUCUUUUGUUUUGUGUCAUUUGUAGGACGAAACUUUGUUGCAAGAUGCAAGCUGAGCUUGAUUUCUUUGUAAAAAACUUCAACACAAAGUAAGAAUCCUAAGAAUCCUACGGAGGUUCAUUUUACGAGCUCUGGCUACCUGUGCCUACAUUAGCAAGACAUUAAACCAGCGCCGUGAUUUUACUUGAAUUCGUAACCAGCAAGUUAUGACAAAUGGAGCUUGACUAGGACUAUUACCCAUCACCCGAUACGAGCGGAUUCUCCGAUCAUCUUCGUCUGCCUUGAAACUGACCAGCUUUGCUUAAUUUUCUGAAGGAGAAUUACCGAUCUGACCAGAAGCGCGCGGAAAUUUUCAAAUUAAUAAGCUCGCGUGGGGAAGACAUGAAGAUUUUCUAAGCGUGCGUCAUCGUGUCGUUUAUUGACGUGCUGAUGAUUUUUGUUUUCCCUUCUCUCUUUUCCAGGUGGUUCUGCCAUUUUGAUGACGAUAACUACGUCAAUGUUCAUACACUGGUGAAAACACUGAAAAAAUUCAACCCGCUCGAGAAUGUGUACCUGGGAAGACCAAGUCUGACGAAAGCGAUGGAGGUAAUGGUGAUGAUGCGAUGGGACCGUUUCCGCAUGCACAGCAGAUUAAGAUAUCCCUGAUCAGAAUCGACUCUCGAAUAUGGAUCCUCAAUAUUUAUUUGUUCACAGACUUGUGUUCCCCUGGAAUCAUGAAUUUGAAUAUUCCCCAGCAAUCUCUAUUCUUCAUAAUUUAAGAUGAUAUACAACGGAUUUUUAUUCCAAUACACCCUCGGAAGUGAACAUACAAUCACUUUUGACGAUUUUUAUUUUUUUAAUGGAAACUUUAUUGUUCGAGAAAACCUUUAAUUUUCGCUUAAUCAGCAAUGGGCUGCAAAAAGUGUUUAGCUUUCGACGUUUCUCGUGUUUUUAACGUCAUUCCUUAAAUGGUCAUGUUGAUGAAUCUCAUGAAGUCGUAGUUUUGACGUCAACAUCCCGUUAGAUAAAUCAACUUUUUAAUGUUCUUUUAAAGACAUAACAAGAUAAAUUGUGUUGUCCAUCACCGUUAAAUACUCUUCAUGGUAACUGGACCGUUUAUUUCCAAUCAUUAAUCACUAUCUGUAGAAAUCAGUACUUCGUAAUGUUUGUCUGAAAUGAAUGAAAACAUAAUAAUAAUUAUAAUAAUAAUUUCAACCUUUUUUGUCCUUUUGUUUCAGGCCUGGGACAGAUUGGACGGAUAUAACGUAAGUAUAAAAAUGAUAACAAAUAAUUCUACAAAAAAAAAACCAUAAUGUAUUGUAUACACGGGCAAUAGAACCAUCACAGUAUUCUUCCAUUAAUUAACGUACUGCUUUUCUUUUAAUUUUUCAGAGAAAGAAAUUUUGGUUCGCAACUGGUGGGGCAGGGUUUUGUUUGAGUCAUGCCCUGGUGGCAAGAAUGAGCCCUCACAUCAGGUAAAGCUCUCUUAAGGCCUUCUCUCCUGACGAAGAGCUGUAGACAAACAUUUUGUCUUUUCACCCGAGUCAAAUGGCUCACACCGCUCGAGCUUGUCCUGGUUUCCAAAACAUUAAGUAUCUGCUAGUAUUACUGCUGCUAAUUCAUUCAAGUUCACCCUCCCUCCUGCAUUUUUCAGGCCUCUCUGACAGUUCAGGGUACCCCUUUAUAACUGUCAGUCCUGGUGGGGAGAGAUACUGUGAGGCAAAAGCGUGACUUUAUUGCCUAUCAACACAGUGCAACGACUUACACGGUUGUAAAAGUUAUUGUUAGAUUUAUAUUAACGUUACUGUCACCUUUCAUACCGUCUUGACUCUGAGUUUGCAUCUCUGUAGUGAUGGCAAGUUUGCAGACAGCUGUGAGCGGGUUAAAGUUCCAGAUGACUGCACCAUUGGAUUUAUUAGUGGUGAGUGGGAGAAAAGAAGUUUAGUUAGCUGCUGGCUGAGACGUGCAGGGUUGUCGUUAGAAAAUGUAUAAUUGUAAUGAUACUCUAAUCACCCUGAAACGAUUAUAAAAUAUUUUGUAACUAAUUUUAAUAAACACAAACACUGCAUCAGGAGCGGGCAUCACGUUUAUUGGAUAAAGCGAGCGUGACAUUGUCAUAAAGAAAAUACAGUAAUGAAUAAACACAAAAACAAAGUUGAAAGAGAUGCCUUCGAGUGGUUCUUGCAUAACUUAGAAAAUCUUAAAUAUCCUAGUAGCCCCCUAGGGUUUCAUCAUACCUACAAGCACGCCUAAAAUGCUUCUACAGUUAACACGAAUCAUACAUGAUGAACAUACUUCAGUGUUAUUUGCAAAACGUUACAAAAAAUAUAUAUAAUAUCAUGUGAACUCAUUAGGCGGCAGAAUUGAAUUAUAUCUUCGUGGCAAGUAUGGUGUAUUACAAAGCAACACGCUCUUUAAGGGGGAUUCAGAGGUAUGGUCUCUCCGAGACGUGGUUUCCAGCAUUCUGGAACAUUUGUAGCCAGCGUAAAAUUAUCAGACAGCCGGCGGAUUUCCGCCGCCUACCGCCUACCGCCUUCUAAUGGCAAGACUGCACAUGUAGACGUCAUGAUGACUCGUAAACUUCGGCUAAAUUUGUAAACUGUGGCGUGGAAAAGAUUUUCAUCAUCAUUAUCAUCAUCAACGCUGACAACAACAAUAACGUGUUUUUUUCUUGUUGCAAUCGAUACUGUUUUCACAAUUGCUUUUAAGCAGUCACUCAUUUAUUAUCGAUGUCUUUCUUUGUCGCAGAAUCUCUUCUUAACGUGAGUUUGACGAGACUGAAUCUUUUCCAUUCUCACCUGGAACAUCUUCCAAGCAUACAACAAAACGAAAUUAAGGAACAGGUGAGAUAUUUUUUAUCAUCAAUCGAAAAGUUUCUUGGUUGAUCAAAAUCUAGAACCGGUAACUUGAUUUUCAAUCUCUAAGGUACAAUCAGAAUUUAUCAGUGCUUUUUAAAUUUAAUUUUCUUUCUUUCAUUUUCAGAUUAGUUUUAGUCAUGGUUAUAUCGGCGGAAGAUACAAUCGAGUCAACAUAGAUGGACCGUUUGACACGGAACAGGAUCCUACGCGGUAAGACUUGCUGGUAUGAUGAAUUAAAGCGCUUUUCGAUUGAGUAGCGCAAAACGCAAACCAAAGAGAUUAUAACAGCCAAUCGUAAGAUAGGAAUACUCCUCUUAAGAGCCAAUGAGGACGCAAAGUAAAAACGAGCAAACUACUUAAAGCGCGGGUAGACGCGAGUUUUAGUUUUGCAUUGGAUUGGUUGAGAGAAGGGCGCGAGUUUUCUUGACCAAUCACAGAGCAAAGUGAGGAUCAUGUCGUUAUUGUUCACGCGUACAGGUCAAAAUUUUUUAUAGGGUAUAUGCUGCUUGUAACUCUUCUCACUUCUUCAUUGUUCCCUUGCAGGUUUAAAUCAAUCCACUGCCUUCUUUAUCCGGAGACAGGCUGGUGUCCGAAGCCAGAGGACGUUAAUGACCAGAAGAAUCGUUCGUUGCAAUCCAAGAGAUAGCAAAAGCUUCCUCCCCAGAAGAGAUUUAAAAUUUAUUUUAGUUCACUAUGAUGUUGUAUCAGAUAGCUAAAUUUUGUUCAAAUUUUCUAUUCGCUCUCUUUUUUAAAUUAUUCGUACAUGACGCGUUUUUACGAGCGUUUACUCUGGUUGUAUAAAAUAGUUCAAAAGAAAAUUAUUUGUAUAUUUUGAUGCAAGUACAGGUUACGGUGUGACCAUCAAAUUUGGAAAAGACUCACUUACGACUUUCAUGUACAAUUGUUCUUGUUCUUUUUUUGCAUGUAUGUGAGGUCUAUCACUUUCAAUUAUCGCUGGAAUUAAAUGAAGACUCCUCAAAGUUCAAUGGUGUUUUGUUUUCAUUGCUAUGCCAGUAACUGCAUCAAGAAUGCGAAUAUUUCAUCUCAAUAAUCGAGGUUAACAGACAACAUUCCCGCCGUUCCAAGGAGAGUAUUACACGCCUCCAGAAGCCCCAGUAAUGGGCUCCUGACGCAUCUGAUGUGAAAAUGAGAUUGUACCUUUGCGCAAAUAAAACUCAUUUUCAAAGAUAGACUUUGCGCUCGGCCGCGUUUAAUUUUACCACUUUUCUGCUGUCUCUAUUAUCACCCCCAGCAGAUAUUUUACCAUAUUGAUCAGUCGUGGGUUAUCUGAAUGUGGAUUAUUCGCGGCUCCAUAUUUUUCGCGCACGUUUCCCGCGAAGUACGGAAAUGGUCUGGGCAAAAUAUAGGCCUGGUUACCUAGCCAGAACAAGAUGGCGGACGAAGAUGUCGGUAUAUCCAGUGUGUGAUUUCUUCGGAUCCAAAUACCGUAAUUAUGCCUGGGAUUUUCAGAUUCGGAGUCCUUCCUAUGAUUAGACAAAAUUUCUUGCUAGACAACCAGUUUUCUACAUACCAACGAUGUAAUUUGACGAUAUGCGCCAUAGCAGUCAAAAGAAACCUGUCUUCUUUUCGAGGUGAGCGCGCACAAUCGCAUGCGGCUGGUUUAACAGUCGGUUUUGGUAGUUUUAUUGUUUAUAUAUCAAUACGCAGUUGAAGAAGUCCCAGAACCUUCUGAGAAACACGAUUGUGUCCCAAGUGACAAAGUAUUGUUAUUUCCAACGCGUCCAAGCAAGCCACCGGAUUUCACAGGUUUUCGAUAACUAAAGCAUAUGCACUUGCAUCCGAAAAUUUUGCUAAAUUUCCUAGACUUGAAUCAAGGGAGGAUGCUUAUAGUUUGUUUUGAAAGCGCUCUUCACUGGCUCACUGUACCCCAUUCCUUAACCCCCCCCACCCACCUUCGUUUGUCGUAGUAGUGGGAUAGAUCCCUGUCUUUUCUUUUUCACGUGGAUUUUGUGUCUGGGUUGUGAUGUUUCUAUCUAGGAGCUGGCUUCAAAUUGUGGAUGGAAGCCCACAAAAGCUUUUUUGGUACUUAUCCUGGACUUAGUGAUUCAUGCAUUAACAUUACGUUUGCUGCGUAAUUUUCAGAGAGAAAACGGUUUUAUAACAAAGCAGGUAUCGAGGAAGCUGAAGGUAACAUUUUCAUAUUCCUCUAACAAGGUUAACUGAAUUCAGCAGGUAAAAAAAUGUUUUUGAGUAAUUUUUUUAUUUUCAACAUAUAUUAUCUAAAUAAAUAUAUUAUAUUCUUCUUUUAGCUGCAUUUUUGUGUCAUGUUUCCACUGCAUCUUCAACUGUGUUCUUUUUAUUGACUGAAGCCAUAGUGUUUGUCAGUCAGGAUCUUGUUCCCCAAAAGACUCUCCUACAUAAAUGAUGCAUAACAUCAUAAAAAAUACCAAGUCUUAAACUUAAUGUGGAAUUUUUUUACAUAUUUCAUUUUGUUAGAUAUUGUUUCAGCUGACAAAACACUAUUUAACAUUUGAGAAAACUACAAAAGAAUGUUGGUCUGGCUUUGAGUACAUGUUCUACUGCCAGCCAUUAAUGUCUUGACUUUUAUUACCCAUCAAUCUAAAUGUAUAAGUUAUAUAUCUCUCAAGGUGGUUAUCAGAUCACAGUGGACAACAAAAAGGUGAAAACACCAGCUGGAAAUCUUCUUGUUGUUCCCAGUAAACCUUUGGCCAUGGCAGUAUCCGUAGAGUGGAAUUCACAGGUUGACACCAUCAAACCAGCAAAUAUGCAUCUGGUAAGUAAACAGCUGUUAAUGCUUUGUGCAUUAUAUUUUGUUGUUGUUGUUUAGGCUGAUAGGAAGCCUUGUUGUGAUAAUAAUUUAUUGCUAUUUAAGCAAGAAGGGAGUCAUUAACCAGAAUUGUAGUGAGGCAUCUUGAAAGGGAGGACAAGCCAGUGUUACAUAAUAUACAAGCUCAAGAAUCAUUCAACAAGCUGACAUAUUUGAUUUAUGGUUGGAGUGGGUGGAGAGGGAAGGUGGUAGGCUGGGGGCUAUAAGAAUGAGAGUCACCCCCUGGGUAAUUGUGACUCAUUGCAAAACAAUAUCCACUUGUACAUUUACAACUGUAUAAUUGGUACAGUUUAACCAACUUUUCCCUCAUAGUGUAUAUUAUUUUGUUUAUAUAUCUUUGCUUUAUUUGUUUUGUUUUGUUUUGUUUAUUCUUCAUUUACCAGCUGCUGUCUGCAACUUAAAAUGUUCGGGAAGCUUACAAGUUUAUUUAGCUCUCUGAUUCCCAAUGUAUCAUUACAAUCUAAAUAAUGGUAAAAACAUUCUUAUUCAAUCAAAAAUAUUGCAAAAUUGAAUUAUUACCGGUAUUAUUGAAUAUAAUCAAUUUCUGUGAAUAAAGUGUUCAUCUGGUCUUUUUUCUAGUGUAUCUCAUUUUGUUUUUCCAUAGACUUCUCUCAGCAACACUGUGAUUGACAAUCCACGGACAAGAAAUCAUGAUCAGCAAAUUUCACACAUUUUAGAAUUUUUGAGCUCUGACAGUAUUUGGUAUGCCAUAAGAAUCUCUGCAAUUUUUGUUUACUAAUACUUUUAAAGAAGUUAUUGUGGUCUUCAUAUAACAUUAAUUUAACAGUUGCACAAUUGUUUAGUCUGAAUCAGUAGUUAUUUAUCUAUGAAGGAAAUAGUACUAUGGUACAUUAUCAUUGUUGGCGGUCAUUCACAAUCAUUAAUUUCUAGAGUGACUGGCAUCUAAUUUCUCCUUACAAUAUCACCUCAGAAUCACAUUUGAAGAUCACAGGUUAGAAUAAAGGAAAUGAUCACAAAUAAAAGAAGCUCUUGAUUGUGAAACAAAUUCUCCUUUCAAAACUAUAGGACAUCAGUAUUGAGAAGAGUAUGGAGAAUAUGCAUACUGAUGUUGGAGUCUAAAGGAUUAAUCAUGUGAUUUCUUCUAAACUCUGCAGCUUUUUUGCGGAUGAACCUGAAGAGUUAGUGGAUCUACAAAGAAAGGAAUGGAUACCUAUCAUGGAAUGGUUUAACAACAAGUAAAACAAAUUUUGCUGUUAUUAAUGACUUUGUUAUCAUGAGCAUUGGUCAUUACAAACUGUCCUAUGGGAAAAUCUCUGUUAAUUAGCAAAAUAUGGCAUUGUUUUACUGCAGAGUAAUUCUGAAAGGAGAAUUUUUUUACAGCGACUGAUGUUUUGACAACCUGAGGGGAGGGUAUCAUUGGAGUUGAGUGAACUACAAAUUUUUUUAAUCCAUUUGAUUGGACCAAUAAAUCUUUUUCUUGACUCUUAGGAUGUCUUCUGCUCAGGUGGUUCAAGAAUCACUCCUUCUUAAUGAUAACAGAGGCUUUCAAGACUACACUUAUUCAGAUGCUCAUACUACAUGGUCAUAUCAAUUACUUUGUAUCUUUAGAUCAACGAAUUGAUUAUAACUGGUAAAUGCAUGCUAAUUUAGGUAUUAAUUUGUUAUUACCUUUGAAGGUAUUCAGUACCUGUUGAACCAAGUCAUGGUCUGCUUGCGGCGACCAUACCAGACGAUGCCGAGGAACGACUAAAGGCUCAUCUGACACCACUUGACAGCUGGUCCCUAACCGGUAAGUAUGUCAGUGAAGUGACCAAGGAUGUCUGCGAAGAGACUGGUAUGUCGGCGAGUUGACCAAAGGCGACCGUCGACGAGUUGACCAAAGGUGUUGCGAGAAAACUAAUUGUGUCAGCGAGGUGACCAAAGUUGUCGCGAGAAAACUAAUUGUGUCGGCGAGGUGACCAAAGUUGUCGCGAAUGGAUUAAUUGUGUUGACGAGCUGGUGGUCGGCGAAGUGACCCGGUACCCCGACAACAGUCCUUUUCAGGACUACUCGCACCUGAAAGAUCAAAUUUCAUGGUCCAAUAAAAUCACAUGUAACUGUUAAACUCGUGGUCAUCCAGACAUCUUCAGAGGUCGAUUAAUAGUUUUCAUAUUCACUUAAAGUUUUUGCAUCAUUUUUUAGAAAUCAGUUUCAAAUGUAGCGGAAAUUCUCUUGAGCACGAUGUUGAAUAUUAUUUCUAAAAUUUGUCCUCUUUAUUCGUCAGGCCUCGAGUUUGCUGUGGAAACAUUGAAGUCGUUUAUUCUUACCAUGGCACUCGUCGAAAAUCACCUCACAGUGGAAAAAGCUGUUCAUUUGUCCAGACUAGAGCUAGAAUUUCAGGUCUGUCGUUUCACCUUUAUUCGUCAUUGCUUGCUGGAAUGGACUACUCACUCGUGUUACUUAAAUCAAUCGUAUUUACGCAUUAAACUACAAGAAAGUAGUGUACAUUUGGUGGGAACAAUUAGUUAUGCUUUAGACCAUAAUAAGGUGCAGGGUAGUGAAAUGUGAAGCAAUGCACUGUCUGGUGCUGUGACUCAAAAGAAAACAACUUACUACAAUUCUAUAAUAGUCUGAUGAAAGGGCGCUGCAUUUAAACAGGAGUGCUGGGGCAAACGGUAAUCCAUGAUUUUUGCAGCUACAUUUUUCUCCUACAGAUUUGACUCAUGGUAGGGAAGACAAGCGAGGGCGGAGAAGGGGACGAACGUUUGGGAAUGCGACCGUUUCUUCCCCAAAAAAUCCUAAUGUUUCGCCUGUCAUGCGAGGCAAACAUAUUUACUUAUUUCUUAAUCUCAUUGUGCGCCCGUGCGCCCUUGCGCCCUUAGUUUCUUCAAACCGAGCGUCUGGCCCAAGCGGAGAAAAAUCCUUGUAAAAGUGUAGGAAAGCAUCACCCUUGCCCUCGAUUUUGUUUUUCUUUGGUAUGGUUUUGGAAUUGAAGUGUGCACUCGGUUAUUACAAACUGUGUUUUUUUUCUUUACUGCAGAUAAGCCGGUGGGGUAGUGUGGAAUGGGCGCACGAUCUGGAGUUGAUGGAGACCAGGAGUAGGGUGGCUGCCGCUGUUUUGUUUUACAGUCUAAAUAACAGACGUAGAACUUUACCAUCAAGUUCAUAA